AUUUCUACUCUUCUAGCUUGAUAAAAAAGAGAAUAAAAAAGAGAAAUAAAUAACGAGAAUUUUAAAAUUGCACGCGCUGUAUCUUGUCUAUUCAAUUGAUUUUUGUUUGUGUGUUGGUAGCACUACCAGUGACGUACGUGACGUCAAUUUUCAGGCAGCUGCGACGCUUAGUUUGUGUUUGGCGAGCGAAUGAGCAAGACGUACUUCAGUGUGUUUGGCGAUUUUUUGUGUGGCGAAAUGUCGGAUCAGAGACUGUGUCUGAAAUUUUGUGUUAAAAACGGAAUUAAGCAGCGAAGCGUUCAAAAUGUUAAAGAAGCUCUUUGGCGACGAUAUUACGUCACAAUCACGAGUUUAUGAAUGGUACAAACUCUUUCAGGAAGGCCGAGAAGACAUCGAAGAUGACGCGAGGUCUGGGCGUCCUAGCGCGUCCACCAGUGAUGAAAACGUGAAAAAAGUUAAAGAGAUUGUGCUUGCUAAUAGAAGAAUCACCAUUAGAGAGGUUGCUGAAGAAAUAGGAAUUUCAUACGGCUCAUGCGAAGCGAUUUUUACUAAUGUUUCGAACAUUAAACGAUUUAUCCAACAGUUCUUGGCGAAACGCAACACCGUUGUGAUGCCGCAACCACCUUAUUCUCCAGACAUGGCCCCCUGUGACUUUUUCCGAUUUCCCAAACUCAAAAGGACACUCAAAGGACAACGUUUUUCAACAAUCGAUGAGAUAAAGGCGAGAUAAAUCGCAGAUCCAGCUCAAGACGAUACCUAAAGAGGCGUUUCACCAGUGUUUCUCAAACUGGAAACUGCGUUGGCAUAAGUGUAUAAUAUCACAGGGGCGCUACUUUGAAGGAG